AUGCUUCUUUCACCAGCAGUCCUUGUGUCAGCCAUUUCGGUGUCCGCCAUUAUUCUCAUUUAUAAGUUCCUCAUAUACCCCGCCUUCAUCUCUCCGUUGAGUAAGAUUCCCGCCCCUCAUUGGUCAUGUCAUAUUGCUCCCUUUUGGCUAUGGUGGGCCAAAUAUCAUCACCAUGAGAACUUUUUGGUGCAACAGAACCACCUGGCUCGGGGGGAGGCAUUGCGUCUGGCCCCGGGGCUUCUCAGUCUCAAUGGAUAUGAACGAGCAUUGAAACCCGUGUAUCUGGGCGGAUUCCCCAAAACUGACUUCUACACGCGAGGUUUUAUCAUUUACAACACUCCGAACAUCUUCACUUUUGAGGAUAACUCUGCGCACUCGUCUCGCAAACGCAUGGUCUCCAACACCUUCUCAAAGUCAUUCGUCCUCAGCUCCGCGACAGCCCACAGUUCGCUUCAAGACGUCCUCUUUGGUCGAUUACUGCCUAAGAUUCUUCACGCGGCCCAGACUGGGCAGCCCCUUGAGAUGCUCGAGUUGAGUUAUUCUUACUCGAUGGAUUCUUUCGUUCAAUGGCAAUUCGGCAAACGUAUUGGCAGCAACCUACUCGAGAAUGUCGACGAACGACGUUUAUAUUUGGAUGGCUUCUUCGCCGGGGCCCCUUAUGUCUUGUGGCAGUACGAGCCCCCGCUGGUGAACCGAUUUCUCAAGUCGAUUGGCUUGAUCCCCGCAAAGGUGGACGCAGGGUUCCGGGAUAUUGAGGAUUGGAACCUGCAAAAGUGCGACAGUGCAUACCAGCUACUCAAAUCCGGCGAGAAGCUCAAUGACGCCGAGACUCCAGUGGUUUUUGCCCGGGCGGCUGAAGUCAUGGGCAAUAUGAAACCAGAUGACAAGCAAGAUUCAUACCACAACCGCCUCGAGAUUGCAAGCGAUAUGUUUAUCCACAACUCGGCCGCACAUGAAACGAGCGGCAACACCCUGGCAUACAUUUAUUAUGAACUCUCGCGUCAUCCCGAUGUCCAAGUAAAGCUCAGACAGGAACUUCUCACCCUCCAUCCCCAGCUCAAGUUCCCACAACCUCCUGGGGAGCAACUCCAGUUACCCCCCGCCAAGGAGGUCGAUAACCUCUCGUAUUUGGAGGCCGUUAUCAUGGAGACUCUCCGUCUUUAUCCAUCCGUUCCCGGUGGCCAACCACGAAAGGUGCCUAGGCCCUGCAGCCUAGGUGGGUAUGAUAAUAUUCCCGCCGGCACGACGGUGCAGUGUUACGCCUAUGCGCUUCAUCGCACCCCCGAAAUCUUUCCCGAACCCGAGAUUUGGAACCCCGACCGAUGGGUCAACUCUAGUCAGGAGCAUCUGAACCAGAUGCGUCGUUACUUUUGGGCGUUUGGCAGCGGCGGCAGGAUGUGUAUUGGAAACAACUUUGCAUGGUUUUCAAUGAAACAUGCUGUUGGAAGUGUCUACACGAAUUUCAUCUCCUCCAUUCACGAUCAUGGAGACAUGACGUUGGUUGACUCCUAUCUGGCAGGUCCAAAAGGGCAUCGAGUCGAGAUUAAAUUUAAGCAAGUUCAAGAUAUGUGA